CUCAAGCAGGUCUUCUCGCACGAGAAGCACGCCGACAACAGCGGCCACACGUCCACCACCGGCCCGCACAGCACCACCCAGACCCCGACCACCUCUGCCGCCGGCGACCGCACCACCACUGGCCACGAGUCGGCCGUCGAGAAGGUCGAGGACAAGAUUGCCGCCCGCUCGACCCACGACUCGACCACCCCGACCCGCACCGACCCGCUCGAGCCGUCGUCGGCGUCGCGCACCGGCCCGACUGGCACCACCGGCACCACCUCGACCGGCUCGACGGGCGCCUCGGGCGCCAUCCACAACGCCGAGUCGCGCAUCCGCGAGCACGCCCAGCCGCCGGCGCACCACCACAACCAGCCGACCCGCGACGGCCUCCUCGACGAGGCGGGCGCCAAGCAGGCGACCCAUGACCACCAGCACCUCGCCCCGAUCACCCACGAGACCCGCCAGAAGCACGAGAUCGAGGAGGUCGAGCGCCAGCGCGAGGUUGACCGUCACGUCCACCACGUCCAGCACCACGUUCAGCCGGUCCUCGACACCCAGCACCAGGCCGAGCAGCAGCGCGAGAACAUUGUCCAGCCGACCGAGAUCAAGGAGCGCCACGUCGCGACCGCCGAGGACAAGGCCCAGUUCGCCUCGCUCGCCACCGGCCACGACGAGGUCCGCGACCUCGGCAAGGAGAAGGUCAUCGUCGACAAGGGCGAGAAGGUCCACGAGAACACGCACCACCACGUCCACCACGUCGUCCAGCCCGAGAUCAACCGCGACGUCCACGAGCACCAGCGCAUCCACACGACCGUCCCCAUCCACCAGACUGUCGAGGAGGCGCCCAUCGUCCACGAGUCGGUCGCGCACGAGCCGCUCCAGAUGAAGGACUUUGUCGCCAACGGCGGCGACCUCAAGUCGACGCUCAAGCACGACGCCGAGCUCCUCAACCGCGGCGAGUGCGAGCGCACCGUCGACGGCCCGGGCGAGACCCUCACCCAGUCGCUCGGCCUCACCGGCGGCAACUCGUCGUCGUCGGCCACCACCGGCACCACCGGGCAGCGCGCCCUUUAA